AUUCGACAGGAUGAAUUAUGGUACGCCCGAGACUGCAGCAGGUAUAAAAGAGAAGGGGGCCAAUGCAAUUAUACAAAGUAUUGAAAGAAAACACCAAUGUGCUAUCAUGGUCACAACCAAGGAGGAAGAAACUGACAGACGUAGCUCAUUCAGAACGCUACCUGCAAUUCUUGUGCAUAAUUUGAAUGAAAACCGAAAGCGUACAAUGCAAUGUCGAUAUACUUAUCCCAGUGGUAAGAUCAUAGAAAUACACCAAGGUGAUAUUCUGAAUCAUCCUGUGGACUAUCUGGUGAAUUCAGCAAAUGACGAAAUGAAGCAUUCUGGCGGACUUGCUAGAGCUAUAGUUAAACAAGGAGGGCGGAAAAUUCAAGAGGACAGUUCACGUGCUCUCCACGACCAAGGGAGGAAUAAGUUAUUGCCUGGAGAGGUGAUCACUACAGACGGUGGCAGUUUGAUGUGUAAGAAAGUACUUCAUGUAGUGGUGCCGAAAUAUAGUCCAACUGCUUAUGGUCAUCAUCGAGAUGAAACAAGGUAGGUAAAAAUCAUUUGGAUUAGGUUAUGGUACACAGCUAAAAACGAUGUUGUGCAGCCCACAUUGUUCACAGUUUUUAACAAUAUUGUUCACAGUUUUUAACAAUAUUGUUCAAUAUUGUUGACAAGUGUGAACAAUGUGGGAAACAAAGCACUGUUCAAUCCUGUUAAACAGUGGGCUCAUAAUUUUUAUGCGUGUAAUAGAUGCAGAGAGCUUGAUGUACUUCAGGUAAUACUUCAUGUUGUUGUGCUAAAAUAUAGCCCAGGGAGGUAUUUAAGGUAAUGAUGGUGAUUAUUAAUGGUGAUUGUGAUGAUAGUAAUUAUUUUGGGAUGGUGAUUAUUAUGGGCGUAAAAGUGAUGAUGAUAGUGUAGGUGGUAAUUAAUAGACAACUUGCAUGUUAGACAAAUUUUUGAUCUAACCGAUCUCGGAAUAAAAAAAAGUAAAUUCCCGUUAAGAACUUAUUAAAAUUAGUAAACUUGCAAAAUUUGGUUCCGAAAUGUUGUAAAGCUUGGAAAAUAUAGCCUUGCAAAGUUUGCAUAUUUUCAGUAUAUUUGUAUUACGUGCGGAAAUUGUUACCAUUUUUGAGCCGAAAAUGGUAACAAUUUCCGCUCGUAAUACAAAUAUACUGAAAAUAUGCAAACUUUGCAAGGCUAUAUUUUCCAAGCUUUACAACAUUUCGCAGCCAAAUUUUGCACUUUUACUAAUUUCAGUAUGUUCUUUUUAGCUGUUGUGUUUGAUUCCCUUUUCUAUGCUUAGAUUAAAAUUUAGUCUAACAUGCAAGUUGUCCAUUGAUUAUGAUAUAACAGUUAUGACAAUGGUGAUGGUUGUGAUGAAGAUAGCGAUAAUAGUGAUGAUGAUGGUGUAGAUGACGAUGGUGCUGAUGGCAGAAGUGAUGAUGGUUGUGACUGAAAUAAUGAUCUGUCAAUCAACUAUAUCAACCUUGUCUGCAGUCCCUUCUGUUCUUUUUCCUUCUAAGGAGAGAGCGCUUGCAGUCUAGGGAUAAUAGUGAUAAUGGCGAUGAUGUUGUGACGGUGAUGAUGACAACGAUAGCGGUGGGGGCCAUGCUGGUAACGAGAACGGAAUGCUUCUUUUAUAGGAACUGUUGUACUAAUGUAUUGAGGAAUGCAACAGACGGGCAGAUCAUUGCAGUCCCAGCUUUAGGCACGGGAAUUUAUAAUGUCCCUCAUGGUAUCAGUGCAAAAAGUUUAGUAACAGCAGCAUAUGAAUUCCUACAAGAAAACCCAUCAAAUGCUUUGAGAGAAGUUCAUUUUGUCGACAACAACCCCGCAGCUAUUGAAGCCUUGAUGAAAGAAAUGACGACAAGAUUUAGACAUGAUCCAAACUUCCAAAUCAAUGAGUUGGUUCGUGAUAGGUGGAGAUCCUACCUAGGAGCAGCAAGUGUUACUCCACCUUCAGCUCCUGUGCUGUCUAGUGGAGAUAUGGCAUUUGAGACCCCUGAAGGAAUGGAAAUCCGACUGACGGUUGAAAAUAUUGCAAAAUCCACGGUAAGAUACUCCUAGCUAUGUUUCUCAAAGCUGGACAAACUAAGAAACUUUGUUUCUUAGCGAUGUUUCCAAAAGGUGGUCAAACCAUAAACAUUACCAUAACCAUCAAUAUUGAGGAAACAUGGUUUCCCAAGCAUGCUUCUCGAAGGUGGAUAAACCUGGCCUUGAAUUUUAGCCAUGAGUAAAAAAGCAGGAAUCCUGGCCACAUAUCGCGAAGUGGGCAAACCAGGAAACGAUACAGCCGAAACACUGUUUCCUGGCUGUAUUUCCUGAAGGUGGACAAACUAGGAAACAUUGUUUAGAUAAAUAGAUAGAUUAUUUAUUAAGUAUUACAUUGCAGUAAUAGCUGAAUUGCGUAAAUUUUACAAUUUAAAAAAAAAAACAACAAGUAAAAAGCUUAUGCAAAUUUGCAUGAUGAUGGAAUAAAAGUAUUUUUUAAAUUUAAUAUGUAGGAGCUCAUAAGUUCGCUGGUAUUUUAAAUAGUAAUUCUAGUGGCUACGUUAGAUGCAUAUAAUAGGUUAUGAAGUUUAUGAUCACUGUUUGUAACGACCGAGCUAAAUAACUUAUCGCAGAGGUUCUGACGUCUGUUUUGUCGUGAAAAUAUGUUAAAAGUAAUUUUUGACCUUUGCAUGUUGUCUAAUCGUUGCAGGCCGAUGUCAUUGUUCGAUGUCAUGGUCUGAAGCUCAAAAAAAAUUUUUGUUCUAAAACGAUUUUGGACGAAGUUGAACGUAAAAUUGCCGCCUUUUGCGAAACGUGGACCAAAGAUAAUUGGCUAGUUGAGGAAAGAAUUUUUGGAGCCACAGAUGGCGCCCAAUUGAAAUGCAAGAAAGCGUUUCUUGUUUCCUUACCGAGUUGGACAGCUGAUUACGAAGAAAAGGUAAUUGCAUGGACAAUUAGAAAUCCAAGCCACUAUGAGAGUGGCGAUAAUACUGAAUGUGACGGCUACUAUACUAACUGUGCACAAUACUUAGAAAUAUCCCCGUAACCCCUGUAAGCAAUGUCCGUAAACGUAUAAACGCUCGAAAUGCCUAAUAGAUGAUAAACCUCGCCCGUAUGUAAACCCAACGUAGUAUAGCACCCGCAGCGAGCUGCGAGGAGCUUCGUGGGAGGACUGGAAUUGCGCCAUUACGGACCACAUUUAGAAGUCAUACGAGCAAAAUUUAGGGCAAAAAAGUCAUACGGGCAGUAUUUAUAGAAGUCGUAUGGAUUAGAAGUCAUACGGACAGGCAAUAUUUAUAGCAGGCUUACUUACCGACGAAGUUUAUCAUUUAUUAGGUAUUUCGAGCGUAGUUUAUACGUUUACGGGCAAUGUUUACAGGUAUUAUGGGGAUUAUAUUAGCCGGUUUACACGAGAAUCAUGAUGUUUCAUACGCAUGCAUGAGCCUUGCGAGAAUGUCGAUAAGAUGUACGCGCGAGAGAACUUUUACGUAAAUAAUCCAAAGUAAUGUUGUCCAGUAUGGCGUUCCAUACUUGAACAGUCUGUGCCAGUGUAAAGACAAUAAUAAGAUAACUACAGAUUGCGAGAAAUACAACCACCUGGUGUCAGGUAGGGCCGGCGCUGGUUUCAGCAAUGAUUUUGCAAGUAGUUGUAACUGUCUCAAUCAGGUCUCAAUCCCCUGUUACCUAUAUGGUGGUAGUUUUCUAAAGUGCUAAUGAUAUACGUUGCUGUGCAGAUAAUGGUGGUCAUCGUUGUUGACACUUGACAGUGGUAAUGAUGAGGAUGGUAUUUUGACUAACAAUGGUAACGAUACUCCCACAGACCAGUUUAGAUGUUAAAGUAGAAUGUUGAACGGAUGUUGAUGCUGCGUAGAUGAUGGUCAUCACGGGGAUGAUAAAGUUGGUUCUAGUGAUAUUGGCAGCAGUGAUUUUAUAUGUCAUUUAGAAAGCUAUAUAGAGAAUAAUACAUGGGUGCGUGGAAAUACCAGAUUUAUUUCGAGUGUUGAACAUGAUAUCUCACGAGUGAGCGCAGCGAACGAGUGAGAUAUCAUGUUCAACACGAGAAAUAAAUCUGGUAUUUCCAAGUAACCAUGCAUUUUUCUGUUUAUUAUAUAAACAAAAUUCAGCGAAUUUCACACGUAAAAAUAUCGUAUUUUUUACGUGUGUUUAAAUACGAUUUUUCUCAGUGGCCAAAAACUCUAAAUAACACUUAUGAGUUUAUAUAAUAAAUCUGGUUUUUGUAUUUCUUUUCCACAGAAACUUUGUCAGUUGGUACAAAAUCUAUUAGCCAAAGUCCAAACCCGAUCCCUAACCUCGAUUGCAAUUCCUGCACUUAGCACGGGAACGCUGAACUUCCCCAAAGAAUUAGUUGCCAAAGUCUUGUUCGUAGAAGCCAUGAAAUUCAGUUCAAAGAAAAGCCCUUCAUUGAAAAUCAAGAAGUACAAUGUAGUUGUCUACAGUGACAACACAAAAACGGUGGAUAUCUUUAAACAACAAUUCCAAAUCUAUUCAAAGAUGAAGAUGAAGAACGAUACAAAUAUCCACAAAACAAAAAGCAGGAAUUUUGGUUUGCUAAAAUCAGCCGCCAAAGAAAAGGCUAAGAGUUCAGAGGAUAAAACACACGGUGUGAAUGUUGAGAUUGUUCAAGGAAACAUUGUUCAAGAAUCGACUGACGCCAGUGUUGCAGAAGACAUCACACAAGGUAACAUGCAACAGAAUUUAAUAUGCAAAUGGCAGUGUGGUAUAAGAUUCGUCUUGAUGGAACCUCUCGUGUUCCUCAAUAAUUGUAAAGACAUUAUCAGUCCACACAUUUAGCUAUUAUGCGAUUGUCACUAAGGUUAAUUUGCGGAUUUUGCAAUAUUCUUAGACACAAAGUCAAGUGUGGUCACUUCUAGAGUAAUAACCUGGAAUGACUCGCAGUUAAUAACACUAUUAAUAAUGGAUAAAUAUAAUGCACAAGAGCCAAGGACUGUUAAUACUAUUAACAAUGGAACAUAACAUUACUAUUAUAUAUACCAUGACGGCAUGACACUAUUAAUAAUGGAAACGCAUAACACCAUUAUAUAUCCUGUCUGUCUGUCUGUCUGUCUGUCUGUCUGUCUGUCUGUCUGUCUGUCUGUCUGUCUGUCUGUCUGUCUGUCUGUCUGUUUUAUUUUACAUAGAAAUUAUUGUUAGCGAUUCCUAGCAGCCUUUCGCGCUCGUAUUCGACUUUUCCGCUUUGCUCGUGGACAAACUUAAUUUUUAAUUGAAAUUUCAAAAACUCAUUAAUAAUUCAUGAAGCAAUUAUCCAAUCUUGAGUACGAAAUUAGUCACGUGCAUACGUCUUUAUACCAGCUAAAGAACAUUUUAACAAAAGACCAUUGUUAUGCAAACUAUAUAAAGAUUUUUAUAUAAAGAUUUUUAUAUAAGGAUUAGACUUAUUAUGCAAACGUUUUUGAAGCCAUUUAAAAAACUCGCAGGUCGUGUUUUAUUAGGUCUAAAGCCACUCGCGCUGCGCGCUCGUGGCUUUAAACCUAAUAAAACACUCCUGCUCUUUUUUUAAAUAGUACAUACAACACUGUAAUAUAACAACGCUGUAUACAACACUAUGUAAGGCUACAUACGGCACCAUACGACACUAUACAACGUUAUACAAGAAUAUACAACAAUAUAUAAAGCUAUACGACACUGUACGGCACUAUACAACGUUAUACAAGACUAAUAUGACACUAUGCAAGACUAUACAACACUAUACUACGCUAUAGACGACUAUUAUACCAGACAUGACAAGACUAAACAAGACUAUACAACGUUAUACAUGACUAUACAACACUAUACGUCAUUUCGAUGUUUUCCUUCGUGGUUGAGUUAAUAGUUAUAUACCCUGUGCCUGUGAGCAGAGCCUUAAUAUCAAGUCUUCAAGCAUUUUCACGUUUUUCUUCGUGAAUCAUAACAACAUUUGCCAACAUUGAACAUGCCUGCAUCAUUCUGUCAUGAUAUUUAAACGGUCAAUAUAAACGUAUUACUAAUAAGUAAACAUUGUCAACAGCGUAUACUAAUAAUUCUAACGAAAUUAUUGUCUUUUAUUUGUGAAGAAAUUAUCGUUUUUCAUACUUUUUCAUCAUGGCGGAAGUACAGAGCGAGAGCUUUACGGCGACUUACGAGCAAUUACCGACUGACAGAAAUCCAAAUUUCUUCUAUAUUUUGAUUCAAGCUGCAUCGUUAUAACUCGGUCAAGGAAACUGGCACGAGUCAUGACGUCAAAAUCAGUUGUCGAGAUUAGUGGGCAGCAAUUAUACGAUAUUGCUAGGUGUUCCUGUUGGUUCCUGUCAUGAAUAAUUACUAGUAUUGACAUUACCACAUCUCAAUUCUUCAGUUUUUGAAACCAGAAUUAUAAAUCUUCCUCAACUACUCCUUUGUAUUAAUUUAUUUAAACUACAGUAGCGAGCGGAAAUUGGUAUACCUGAUUGCAGUAAACGAACAAACUUUAAAAAUUAUGGAAUAGUGUUUCACUAUCAAUAAUUGCUUUUUCAUUCUACCUGUCCAGAAAUUCCUUACUUAGUAUCAACUUUUCAAUAUUAUUAAGGUGGUCAAAUAGGAGCAGCACUUCUUAAGGCGGCAGGUGAAAGUUUGGUACAAGAGUACAGCAAGUUAGACAAGAUCGAAGCAGGAACUAUUGUUACGACUAGGGCGGGAAACCUAAAGGCGCGUUGUUUGUUGCACAUGGUAAUAAAGGUGCCCACUGGGAAAACUGAAAAGUCAAUAAUUCAAGAUGCAGUUACGAAGUGCCUAGAACACGCUGAUUUGUGCGAGUUUACCUCCCUGUCCCUGCCCCUGCCCGCAGUAGGUACAGGAUAUCUACCGAAAGACGCCAUUGAACAAUCUGCAGACAUUUUAUACAGCUGCAUCAACGAGUACCGCAAGCAAGAAAGAACGUUCUUGAAGCUUAUUCGCAUAGUGAUCAUUCAAGAAAACGUCUUCGCGGAUUUCAACAAGGCUUUUACACGCAAAGACACCACUACGUCUGCGGAUUCCAAAGGUAGAACUAAACUAUAUUAAGCUUUAUUUAUACUGGAUAGCUCUAACAGUAUAAAAUUGCUCUCUCUAGCUUUUGGGAGAUUCAAAACUCAUAUUGGAAGAAGUUAUAAUCAGACAACUAAACUGCGGGCACAGACAGGGGCGUAGCUAGCUCCAAAAAUGUAAGGCGGGAGCCACGCCUCUGGUCACAAAGGUAAAACACAUUCACAAAACAAAUGUAAUCAUAUACCAAUUAAUACAACAGGUACACGAAGAACAAGGCAACAAAUUACUCUGGAAAUUGCAGCAAAGAGUUUGAAUGAUAUCACAAAGAUCAAGAACGAGCUCAUGCAGGUCGAAGCUGAACAAUGCCAUUCAGAGACCAUUGAAGUCCGACAGAAGCUUGAUGACAGACAACUUGCUACAAUCUUAGAAGUACAAGACCUUCACGACGUUCGCAUAGAAUACGAACCUGAAAUUGGGUUCAUCAGAAUCAGUGGUCUUGCCAAAAAAGUAUCGAAUGCAUUGGGGGAAAUUCAUCAAAUUAUCCACGAUUGGGAGUCAGAGACACACCACAUGGAUGCAACCGUUCGCGAGGUUUUUUAUAUAUUUUAUUCAUUUUAAUAAUUCUCCCAUUGCUAGCCAUGGCAACUGGUCACAGCUAUGCUAACAAACCUGGAUCUAAAUAGGUUAAACACACAAGACAUUUCUAAAGGUUCGAAUAAUGCAAAUCAUUAAAAAUCUGCAUAGCAUGAGCUGUUGCUAAAUGGCUAUCUCACCACUGUGAAUUACAUAUUGUCAAAAUAAAACUUACUGAUUUUGGACUAGGAAGUUAAUGGAAACCAGGCAAAGUUUCAUAAACCCCUUAGUAGAAUAAUCAAUCGAUUUUCACUAUUUCUAAUCUGCAUUUCAACAUUUUGUCCUACCGAGCGAGAAGCCUAAAACCUUUGGUAUUUACCCAUACACCAUAUAUACCUUUGUAUCUUGCUCGUUUCUACCGCUCAAUAUACUAUUACUUAAUUAACAUCUAGGCAGUGGAAACCUCUCAUUAUUUAUGAAGCUCCUAUUAUAAUAGCACAAUACAAAAUCUAAUAUUAAUUAUUUUCUAGUAUAAAUUUGAUUUUUUUAUAGGUUCAGUGGUUCUAUUACGAGACGAAUGCAAAUGUCGUUAUUCCUGCGAAAUACCCAGACAGCAUAAACGCCAAGAUAGAGAGGGCAUACAAGAAUGAUCCUAGUGGAAGUGUUGUAGUUGGUGAGAAGAUGAAAUAUGAAAUAGAUUUCAAAACAAUGACAAAGACAUGUCUGGAUCCAAGCGAGAACGAAAUAAUGAAAGUGCAUAGACAUCCCUGUGAAGGUAGGCCAAAACUUGGGAAUUUCGAACACUUAACCUGUAGUACCUUAGCUUAACGUUCUCAACUCGCAAACGAACAGUACUUAUUCUUCACAUGUGACUGAAGCGAAAUUAUAUUUAGACAACUGUACAUGGCAGAUAUUGGACCCAAAUAGCAGAGGCGAAGAAUACGCACUAAUGUACCUUUCCCCUUAUAACAAAAAUUUUGAUCUAGACAAAAAUUUCAUCACAGCUUGAAACAGCAUCACAAAAUUAGUAAUAUUCCAAAGUUUCGUUGCGAAAUGUUGUAAAAUGCGGAUAAUAUAGCCCUGCGAAAUUUGUAAUUUUCAGUCAUUUUGUAUUACAAAUGGAAAAUUGAUGCCCCAACACCCAAUUGGGCUGUCAAUUUCCCAUGCGUAAUACAAAAUGACUGAAAAACGGCAAAUUUCGCAAGGCUAUAUUAUCCGCAUUUUACAACAUUUCGCAACGAAACUUUGGAAUAUUACUAAUUUUGUGAUGCUCUUUCAAGCUGUGAUGAAAUUUUUGUCCAGAUCAAAAUUUUAGUUAUAAGGGGAAAGGGCCAUUAGCAACACACCAAUGCCUAAAUGGCUGUUAAUGCUACCUAAUAUUCAGGUGGCACGACUGCCAAAAAUUACUUGCUGUUCUAUAAAUUGUCCCAGUAAUAUAUUUACUUUUACUUCACUUCUGACCCAAUAGCCGUCCAUGAUCGUGGACGAGUCAAACCAGUUUGAAAUACAAGUUCUGAAACCGGUUUGGGAAAACAAAUAGUACGCAUGCUCAGAGCUGAAUUACGCCUUAAUGACAUUGAGCCCGUAGUGUCAAAAUGACGGCUUGCCCAGCAUGGUCAUUUCGAGGUUUUUUAUGUUGUUUGAAAGUGUUCUAAGUUAUGUAAUUGAUAUUUUCAAAGAUGAAACUGUGAAAGCAGUGACAGAAGAACAAACGAAAGAAAUCUUUUCUUUUUUGUUUGCCUUCAAAUUGGGUACGGUAAGUCUUUGAUUUACCAAGUUGCUCCCGCAAAAAGCGGUUUGAUAUCACGUGGUGACCAGCACUCGUUGCCAUGGCAAUUUUUGCAUAAAAAACGUGACAGAUCUAGGCAGACGUCUCUUCUGCUUCGUUUUCCUGCGCAAAUAGAGAGUCAGCAAGGGAAGGGUGCAAUAAACAGUAUAUUCAAGCAAUUUUAUAAGUAACAAAAGGAGUAUGAAACAAGAGUUCCAAUUAUGGUUGGCGACAAGUCGACAACCAUAAUUCAACAGAAAAUAUUUGUUCAACUUCAAGAGCUUCAUACAUUCAUAUUCAACAAAUAUAUUCAUUCAACUUCAACGAAAAUAUUCAUUCAACUUCAACAGAAAUAUUCAUUCUUGCUGAAUUCUCUUUUCGGCAUACAUGUAGGUGGUGGUAAAUCAGCAUCGCUAUUCAUAAGGUCUGUCCUAGUGUGUGUUAAUUAUGUCUUUCAUGAUUAGAUUGAAAUGUUUCUUUGAGAUUGGAUGCGGCGAUGUGGCCAUUCAAAAUUUUAUGGAAAUUUUAUGAAAAUAAGAUUUAAGGCAGUUUCGUCUUUCUUCGAGAGGUUUCCAGUUUAGAUAAUCAUGAUUACUAGAUUACUAGAUACUCCAAAAUAUCACAUACUCGAACCGACCUGACCGCGUAGCUCAGUUGGUAGAACAUUGGGCUAGCAUUCCAAAGGUCGUAGGUUCAAUUCCCACCGUGGCCAGACAUAUUUUUCAAGCUUGCCCGAUGUGGAUAUACACUCAGAGUAACAUCCGAAACAUCAUAUUCAUAUAACGUACAUAACACCAAUACAGAAAAAUCUUAGCUAAUGUCAGUUCGAAUGAUUUUUUUAAGAAAAUACAAAGUAAAAGUAUAUAUUAAUAAUAUAUAAGAAUAGCAAGGAUGCAUAUUUACAAUAUACAAUGUUGAUAUUAUAUAUUUUUGCAGGAAUUGUACAGCCUUAUCUUGAUUAUUGCAGUCUAGUAGGCUCCUACCCACGUUUGUAAAUAUUAAAUACCACUAUAUAUUACUCAUGUAAUGUUUUGGGGGGAACGUAAUUAAAAAAAAACAACAAAAAAACCCAAUAGCAUUAAAUAGCAUUUUGGCUGUCGAAAGUGGUACACAAAAGAUUUAACCCGUCUCAUUGCCAGCACCAAUCUUAGAACAGAUAGAAUAUGUUUAUCCCAAGACAACCUAUCGUCCAUAUUCACGAACAAGGCAUGAAUAUUUAUUGAUCCUGAGUAUAUUAUUAUUAAAAUAGGAUUGCUAGAUACUUUAUUCUUAAAAUUAUAGAAAGAUCCAAUGAAUAUAUGUUUCGAUUUACUGGGGUGGAUUUGAAGUUUGUUUGUGUCAUCCAUUAAUUUACGUAUAUUUUCAAGAUCAAUAUUUACAUUGUCGACAAGGUCAGCGCAGACGUUAGAAGAUGCAUAAAUUUCCGUGUCAUCAGCAUAGAAUGAAGGAGUUGAGUGACUUAGCAAAUCAGGCAUAUCAUUUAUAUAUAAUAAAAAUAAUGGUGGACCAAGGAUGAAUCCCUGUGGAACUCCACAUAUUAUCGUUUUUGCAUGGGUUCGAAUAAAAAUAAUAGUGGACUAAAAAUAAUAGUGGACCAAGGAUGAACUCCUGUGGAACUCCACAUAUUAUCGUUUUUGCAUGCAUUCUGUUAUUCAGUUAUGAUUCGAAUCAUUUUAUAGUUGAUUUCCUGUUAAAACUUGCGCAUUUUAUGUCAAUCAGAAUUUCAUGAUUUAUGGGGUCGAAGGCUUUUCUAACAUCACGAAAGACUAUACAAUUUAAUUUCUAAUACUACCCAUGUUUUUAGGUAAGUUAUCACACAUUUGUAUUAACGCAGACAGGGUUGAGUGUUUAGGUCUAAACUCUAAACCCUGAUUGGAAUUUAGAUAGUAUAAUUAGUUUGUUUACUGGAAAGAUAGCCAUAAAGCUGUCGAAAAACCUCUCUCAAAUACUUUAAUUACAAUGAGUAUGGAAAUUGGUCGAUAAUUUUCACAUUUCCGUCUACCUUUAAAUUUCUCAACGUGCCCGCGAGCAGGCCGAACCUUGCAUGAAUGUAUAUAUUUUUAAGCUUGAAUAAAUUUUUUUUCGGAUGAACGAAUAUUUUUGUUGAAGUUCAAUGAAUAUUUUUGUUGAAGUUGAAUGAAUAAUUUUGUUGAAGUUGAAUAGAUUUGUUGAAGUUGAAUAUGAAUAUAUUUGUUGAAUAUGAAUGUUUAAUCUUGAAGUUGAACAAAUCUUUCUGUUGAAUUUUGAAACAAAUCCCCAAACCUAUCCAAUUGACAUGAAUACCAGUAUAAAUGUUCAUAAUUAUCUGUACCUUUGAUAUUUUCUAGCAUUUCCAUUUCCACCAAACUGGGAAUUUCAACCAAUGGAUUGUUGGACGGACAAAGAGCUUGAGGUACAUCGUUUCACCAUUGAUAAACAGAGUGAAGAAUAUCGCAAAAUCCAUGACAUGUCUAAAGGGACAUGGAGAAUAUUUUCGUCAUUGUCAAACACUGAAAUUGUAGAAAUUGAAAGAAUACAAAAUCCUCGAUUGCACCAGAUCUAUGAGGGGCAAAAGAAAAAGAUGAGCAAUGGUGGAAAUGAAAUGAGAUUGUUUCACGGAACAACAAAGACAUCCGUGGAGAAUAUUAAUACGACUGGUUUUAACAGAUCUUACUGUGGAAAGAAUGGUAAGCUAAUCAUAUUUGCAUUUCCAUCUUAAUCGGCAUGUAAGGAUAAACAACACUGACCUGAUCUAGUCUUGAUGUGUUACUUAAGGGUGGACCAUUAUAUAUCUUGUGAGGGAAAAUUUUCCUUGCAAGAAUUUUUUUGAGUUUGGAUUUUUUUGUUUACGGUAUAGAAGCUGUGCAGGAAUUUUCCACGCACUUUCGGUAUAUUCCAUGUGGUUGCAGAAUUUUUUUCUUUCCCUAAAUGCUUGCAAGAUCUUUUUUUCAAAUCCUAAUCUACCCCCUUCUCCCAGGGCUAGGAUAUCUAAUGACCCACCCCUUACAGGGAUGGGCCUAAUGGCCUACCCCUAAUGGCCUACCUAUCUAAUGACCUACCUAUCUAAUGGCCUACCUAUCCAAUGGCCUACCUAUGCAAUGGCCUACCUAUUCAAUGGCCUACCUAUCCAAUGGCCUACCUAUCCAAUGGCCUACCUAUCCAAUGGCUUACCUAUCCAAUGGCCUACCCCUUACAGGCAAUUGGGUAUGUUUUGAUUGUUGAACUUUGAAGCCUGUCGUUAAAAGCAACCGUUAAAUUAACAUCACCUGAUCAUUUGCAAAGUAGCGCAGUGGCGUAGAAAACGACAUAGUGGUGGAGCACUGUGACAUGGCAGGCACCAUUACCAUUAGACAAGAGCGCCAGGGGGGGAAAGGGCAUUCUCCUAUACAAUUUAACCGUGAAACUUGCAGCCUAGUUAACGAAAUCGUCCAUUAAAAAAACAAAAGAGAUACAGAGCGAGCCAAUAGAUGUAUUUAUUAGAUGAUCGUCGUAAUAUAAAUUAUUCUGAUUGUCGAAGAAGUAGGGCGAUACCUCCCCUAUAUCCCAAUGCCCUUGGAAUCUAACGAAAAUAACUCUUUUCUUCACAGCUGUAAAGUUCGGCAAAGGAGUAUAUUUUGCAAAGCACGCAUGGUACUCGGCAGGAAAUACUUUUUCCGUUCCCGAUGAGGAAGGCUUACAAUACAUGUACAUAGCUCGGGUGUUGGUUGGUGAAUACACGGAAGGAAAAGAAGGAUUAGUCGUGCCUCCCCCGAUUGACGAAAAUAACCGGGCCGUCUGCUACGACUCUGUUGUCGACAAUGUAACAAAGCCACAAGUGUUUGUCAUUUUCUAUGAUUAUCAGAGCUAUCCUGAAUAUUUAGUUACUUUUACGAAUUAUAAUAAUACCGACUCGGGGUCGUAUAGCGUAUUAGAGUGGCCGUAUAGCAAAGAGCCAAGGCAGUAUAGCAAAGAGCCAGGGCCGUAAGCAAAGGCGUCAAAGCCUGUUAUGAUUAAUCCAUAUAUUUCAUUAUUUUAAUUUGUGUGCAUCUUCGUGUAGUAUUUUUUUCUGAUUAAUGUUACGCUAAAAGUGUAAAGGUUGUCACGGAAAUUGUCGACUUUAGUUCGGAAACUGUCGUUCACACCAUAAGGCGACGAUAUAACUAGUAUAAAUAGCAUGACUAUAUAUUACAUUUGGUAUCUUAACCAGAUGCCUCACUCAGCG